AUGACCGAUAUCUUAGAACGGUUAGCAGAGCAUCAAGGUCCAGGACCUGUUAAUCAGCCUGGGGCUCAGGAGAGAGGGGAGAAUAGAGCCUUGGAGCGAUUUUUGAAGUUUGCCCCGCCUAAGUUUCUUGGGGGAUCUGAUCCCGAAAUAGAGGAGAAUUGGCUGGAGAGAGUGACUAACGUCUUUACCGCGUUAGACUACACUGAGGAGAGACGAGUGAAUUUCACUGUCUUUCAAUUUGAGGGUGCGGGGACUUCUAGCAUGGCUGACUAUGAAGAGCGAUUUAUUAAAUUUUCUAGGUUUGCUCCAGAGUUAGUGGUCACUGAGAGGAAAAGAAUAAGAAAUUGCGAGAUAUGGGUUGGAGAGCGAAAAUUAUUGGCCGAUUUGAUGAGUUUAGCUAUUAAGGAGUAUGAUGUCAUCCUAGGAAUUCCAACUAGAAAAAUGUUGAGUAAGGGAGGUCAAGGAUAUUUAGCUUUUCUUAUCAAUACUCCUAGUGAUAAGGUGAGGUUGGAGGAUGUGCCAGUGGUAAGGGACUAUCCAGAUAUUUUUCCUGAGAAACUAGUCUUUGCCACCAGAAAGAGAGACUACCGAGACUUGAAUGAUGUCACCAUUAGAAACAAGUACCCUUUAUCCCACAUUGAUGAAUUGUUUGACCAAUUGCAAGGGGGAGUAGUAUUCUCAAAGUUAGAUCUCAGGCAGGGUUAUUAUCAGUUGAGGAUUUUGGAAAAAGAUAUACCUAAAACUGCCUUUAAUUUGAGGUACGGGCACUUUGAGUUUGUAGUGAUGCCAUUUGGGUUAACUAAUGCUCCUGCAGCUUUUAUGGACUUAAUGCAUCGAAACUUUAAACCCUAUUUAGAUCAAUUUAUGGUGGUGUUCAUUGACGAUAUACUGGUAUACUCUAAAACUUUGGAGGAUUAUCCUGCAAACCUUGAGAGAACAUCAACUGUAUGCUAA